GAGCUCUGGAUGCAAGGAGGAGAAAAAUUAACAGUGCAGCUGUAAGAUGAAGCCUCCAUCUGGGCAAAGCACAAGGCUGGCAUACUUUCUCCUGAAUUUGGUUCCCCUCUGUCUUCCCAUCCCACUCUGGAAGGACAGAGACUCCCUCAUGCAGGAAGAGAAAGCCUGUCAGACAGGUGGUAACUUGGUGCUGGACAAGCAGGAACAGCAGCUCAGUACAAAGCUUGUAAGCCUCAAGAAGGAAGAAGUUGCCACUGCCAUGAAUACAGGACUGUUCCCUCCAAGCAUGCACUUCUUCCGGGCCAAAAGCCUCAUUGAUCGGAGCGCAGUGUUCCGCAUCUUGAAGCGCAUGCCAAAAGGUGCUGUCUUACACCUGCAUGACUAUGCCAUCCUGAGUGUGGACUGGCUGGUAUACAAUGCCACCUAUAUGCCCAACUGCUACAUUUGCUUCACACGCGCUGGCACUGUUCGGUUUAGGUUUUCCAAGCCUCUCCCUCCUCAUCCCAUGCCAGCCCAGUGCUCCGAGUGGGUGUUGCUGGAGACAUACCGGAAGCAGCUGCCCAACGUGACUGCAUUUGAUAAGAGCCUGCUGAGAAAUUUGACCCUGGUGACAGAUGCCCCUGAGCUGGCCUACCCUUCUGAGACUUACAUUUGGAGAAGAUUUGAAGAAGUCUUUCUUACUGCCUCUGGGCUUAUCUGCUAUGCACCUGUGUUCAAGGCCUAUUUCUACCAGGGGCUGCUGGAACUCUACGAGGACAACAUACAGUAUGUCGAGAUAAGAGCUCUCCUGCCUGCGGUGUACGAACUCGAUGGCACUCGGCAUGACAAGUCUUGGUCCAUGGCAGCGUACCAGGAAGUGACCAAGCAAUUUGUGAAAGAUCAUCCUGACUUUGUUGGAGCAAAGAUUAUAUAUACAGCACACAGGAGGCUGAAUGUUUCCCAGAUAAAAGACGUCAUCGUCACUGCCAUGGCACUCCGAGCCCGCUUCCCAGACUUCCUGGCAGGCUUUGACCUGGUAGGCAAUGAGGAUGAAGGUCAUUCUUUAUGGGAGCUGAAGGAUGCCUUGACCAUCCCAUAUUCCCUUGGGGUCAACUUGCCAUACUUUUUCCAUGCUGGGGAGACCGACUGGCAGGGCACCUCUAUAGACAAUAAUGUGCUGGAUGCUCUGCUACUGAAUACCAGCCGGAUUGGCCAUGGCCUUGCCCUCAAUAAACACCCAGUAGCCAAAAAUUUAUCUCUGAAGAGGGAUAUUCCCAUAGAAGUCUGUCCAAUCUCCAACCAGGUGCUGCUAUUUGUGGCUGACUUGCGGACUCAUCCCGCAGCCAACCUCAUGGCUGAAGGACACCCCAUUGUGAUCAGCCCUGAUGAUCCCCCCAUCUUUGGGGCAAAGGGUGUCUCCUAUGACUUCUACGAGGUGUUCAUGGCCAUCGGAGGGGUGAGCGCUGACUUGAGGACCUUAAAGCAGCUUGCAUUGAACUCUAUAAAAUACAGUGCCAUGCUACCAGAAGAGAAAGCCAAGGCCAAAGAGGUCUGGCAGAAAAAAUGGGACCAGUUCAUAGCAGAUUUCUCUGACAGCUUUUUGAGGGAGCUAUAGAAGGGAGGAGAGCCAUCUCAGAAAGCAACUGGCAAGUCAGAGUGAGCCAGGCUUAUUGCUAAUGCAGAGAGUGCUUCUUCCACGGGGCUUGAGCGGAC